GGGACUUUAACCUUGCCUUGCCUCCCUCCUCUUGUCUUAAUAUAGGCCAUUGAAGCCCGCGGCUUCCUUUCUCCUCCACAAGCCAAAGACCCUCUCCAAGCUCAGUACCCAAAGCAAGGAUAACGGGUCAUUGGUGCUUGUCUGUAGGCUCUAGGCCUGGGAGUUUGUUGUUCGACGAAUUGGUGGAGGUGCCUCGUCUAGGGUGAAGUGAUGAGCAAGGAUAAAUUGAAGGGUGAGGACUUAAACCUGUGCUUUGAGAAGCUGAUGAUGGUUGUUGAUGGUUGCGGUGGGAUCAGUGGGGAGAAAGUGAAGAUGGAAGGUGUCGUCAUCAUUGAUUGGAAAGACAUUCCGAUGGAGCUUUUGCUGAGAAUCAUGUCGCUCGUCGAUGAUCGGACCAUAAUCAUGGCUUCGGGGGUGUGCAGUGGAUGGAGGGAUGCGAUUGGCUUGGGCCUCACCCGUCUCUCUCUCGCAUGGAUGAAGAAGAACAUGAACAACCUGGUACUUUCUCUUGCUCCCAAGUUCACGAAACUGCAGUCUCUCAAUCUGCGCCAAGAUAAGCCCCAGCUCGAAGAUAAUGCUGUUGAGGCCAUUGCAAACAACUGCCGUGAUCUGCAAGACCUCGACCUCAGCAAGAGCUUCAAGCUUACUGACCGCUCCCUGUAUGCCCUGGCUCAUGGUUGCCCUAAUCUUCUCAAGCUCAACAUAAGUGGGUGCUCAGCUUUCAGCGAUGAUGCCCUCGAGUACCUUACUAACUUCUGCAGGAAGUUGAAGAUUCUGAAUCUGUGCGGGUGUGUGAAAGCUGCAUCAGACAAAGCACUGCUGGCUAUAGGGAGGAACUGCAGUCAGUUGCAGUCAUUGAAUCUGGGAUGGUGCGAAGAUGUGGGUGAUGCCGGUGUUAUGAGUUUGGCAUUUGGGUGCCCGAACCUCAGGGUUCUUGACUUAUGUGGCUGCGUCUGUAUAACAGAUGACAGUGUGAUUGCCUUGGCAAAUGGGUGCCCCCACCUGACAUCCCUGGGGCUCUACUACUGCCAGAACAUUACUGAUAGAGCCAUGUAUUCCCUGGCCCACAGUCGGGUCAGGCACCGCCCUCCUACUGCUCCCUCAAUGUGGGAAUCAUCAUCAGCAUCAUCCUUGUCAUCCAAUAGAAAGGGCGAGGACAACAAUGAAGGGUUGAAGAGCCUCAACAUAAGCCAGUGCACAGCCUUGACGCCCCCAGCAGUGCAGGCAGUGUGUGACUCGUUCCCAGCCCUCCACACAUGUCCAGGGCGGCACUCCCUCAUCAUUAGCGGGUGCCUUAACCUCACGUCUGUCCACUGUGCCUGUGCUUUUCAGGCACAUCGAGUUUCGAGCACUGUGCCGCACCUGGCUCAUUGAGAUCAUGACGACAUGGUAGGAUCCUUCAGAGUGUAAUUUGGAGGGGAAUGUAAAUAUUGCUUUGUUUGUUUGUUGUAGAAGUUCCGAAGCAGAUACUGAGGAAGGCAGAUCUGCCCGUUCCGGGUCGUCGGAAGGAUGCACAAAUUGCUUUUUCUGUUCACCUCGAACUGUUCUAGGUUAUGGGAUGUGUUCUGUUAUUAUCCCAGACAACAAUGUUUUAUGUGCCAAUAUGAGAAAAUAUGAGGACGGUCUUCUGUUUUUUGCUGAAUAAAUGAGGACGAUCUUCUCUUUU